UCAUUGCUUACACAAUACAAGGGGCAGAAGAAGAGGACAAGAGAAAGAAAGAGGAGAAAAAAAGAAAGGAAUCAAGACAGAGAACUAUGUGCUUCGAGUGGAAGAACCGCUUCACGUGCGGGCACGUCGGGUUCAGAAAGGUCGAGCGCUGCAACUCGCUGGGCAGCGGGUGCUUCGGGCCGGACGGGACUGAGAAGUUUGUCGACGUCCAGUCGCUGUGCUACGACUGCAGCGCGAGGCUGCAGCAGGAUCAUCCCGCGUCCGGGACGGCCCAGAGCAACCCGCUCGCCGCGAGGGAUGCGGCAGAUGCGGCAGGAGCGGGGACCUGGGCCUGGGCGCGGCCGGGAACAGUUGCAAGGUCCGGGUCCUGGUCCUGGUCCGCCGCGGGAUCCGGGGGAGACAAGCCGCAAGCGGGGGAACUUGGUGGCGGUGGAAGGGCCGAGACAUGGGGCAUGUCACCGGGUGUGUCAUCGGGCAUUCCGCCGGGGGUAUUACCGGGCAUGUCACCAGACCUGUCAUCCGGCAUGUCCCCAGGCAUGUCACCCGGCACGUGAGACAUUUGGAGGAGGAAGAGAAUGGGUUGUUAUUGAUGGUCCGAGUGAUGAAGCGGUCUCUUUCCCAUGUUAUCGAUGUCCGGGAUGAUUUUGUGUUCU